GAUCUCUCCCAACCACGCCGAUCACAGCUGAUCCAAAACAAACGUAAACAGAAUCCCCGAAAAUAUCCCUAAAAAGCCCGAAAAACAUCUAUUUACAGUCAGGACGGCCUCGCAAGACACUCAGGGAACACGGCAGGAUGUCUUAUUACCUGCAGAAAGUGUGUGACAAGAUCCUGCAGGAGUAUUUCGGGGACAUAGUGGCCAAAGUAGGGCGGGUCUUAUUCCAAAGAGGCAGGAACCCGCUCAGAGUGAUCUGUGCCCACGCCAGGGUCACCCCCGCCAAGGUGUCCCAGGCACUGGCAGUGCUAAUACAACACAACCUAGUCACCUGGGAGGAGUGGAGGAAAGGAAUACCUGCCUAUACUCUGCUGCAUGACAGAGUGUUGCUGAUUCUUAGGUUCCCCAGGUAUGUGUAUCUUGUGCGGGAGCAGUUUGGGGAGGAGGCAGAGAUGGUAGUGGAUGUGUUGCUGAAGGAGGGACAAGCCACUGCCUCCCAUGUCAUUGUCACCUCCUCCCUCAAGCUGAUAGAAGCUGCUGAGAAUGCUGCCACCCCAGCCCUGUCUUCAGAGAGCUUUGACCAGCGCCACAUAUCCCAGCGGAACCAGCUACAGCGGCUGAUAGAGGCCCAGUUUGUGCAGCGCUGCCCGACCCCUCAGAAUGCUAACCAAGCUGUGCCUGUGCUAUCCAUCAAGGGGGAUCUGCUGUAUAGCUUCCCCAAUGACCUCCUGGACCUCAAGGCUCUGCAGCAAGACAUACAGCUCCGAGCCACCACCACCACCACCACUACCACCACCACUGCUGCCACUGCCACUCAGCCUAAAAUCACGCACCCCGACACUAAUGUGUUCUGGCGGAUAAAUUAUGACAGGUUCCAUAUCGAGUUCAGGGACAGCGAGAUUUGCAACAGUAUAUCACGGAGAGUCGACCCUCUUGCUGGCGAGUGUCUGUCAGCAAUGCUCAAAAUAUCAUACUUAAAGAGCGAUCCCUGGGCUGUGUCCCUGAACCCUGUGAGUCUAGCAGAGGUCAGGGAGCAGUUGAAGGACCUGAAGCAUCUGGACCAGUACCUAAGGAUCCUGGAGGAGGAAACUGGGGGAUGUGUGCGAAGGAUAGGAGAUGCAGGAGGGGGGCAGUUUCGUGUUGAACUUGGAGAGGCUUACCGAAAUCUGACACACACGCUAAUACAUCAAAUUGUGGAGGAGAGACUUGGUUCGAAAGCAGCUAGAAUCUUUCGCCUGAUCCACAAGAAUGGAAUGAUGGAGCAAGACCAAGUAGCAGACUUAGCAAUGAUUAGCAAAAAGGACGCAAACUUAAUAACAUUCCGGCUCACGCAAGACCACCUAAUUCUUAUCCAUGAGGUUCGGAAAACACUUGCGCCAUCCCCAGCUAACAAAAUAACGUACCUCUUCCAUAUAGACAUGGAAGCUGUGGUCCGUAUGUGCCUAGACUGGACAUACAGAACGAUAUACAACCUAAUGGUGCAGAGAGAGAUGACACAAUCCGACAACGCAAGACUGCUAGACAAACGGAUGCGUGUAGAUUCAAUCGUGGAGAACUUGAGGCAGAGUGGAGGCACAGAAGAGCAGGUUAGGGAGGUGGAGGAGAUGAUGACCCCAGCAGAGGUACAGCAAGUGGAGAAGGUAUCAUCGACGCAGGAUCGCUUGUUUGACGCUGAAAUCGGAUUAGAUGAAACCAUUUUUGUGCUGCAGAUGUUCUUGUAUUACCAGAGGCAGCAUGGGUGAUGUGUGCAUGUUUGUAUGGUAGUAGAGGAAGAGGUGGUGGAAAAAUUAUGUUUGUGUGUUUGGGAAGAGAGGAAGAAGAGGAGAAAAAAAUAGUUUAUGUGUGUGACUGAGUGUGUUUUGUUAGUUGUUGAAGGAAGAUGUGAAAAAAGAGGAGGAGGAAGAGAAGAAAUGUUUGUUGUAUGUGUAUGUGUUUGGAGGAGGAGGAAGAAUGAUGUGUGUGUGUGUGUGUUUGGUGGUGGAGGAAGAGGGGAAAAAAAAAGAAGAGAAAUGGUGUUUGUGUGAUUCUGUGUGUGUAUUUGAAAAGGAAAAAUUGUGACCGUGUGUGUGUGUGUGUGUGUGUGUGUGUGUGUGUGUGUUUAAGUGGUUUUGUGAAGAUAUGGAAAGGUUUUUAUUGUUAUAGUUAUUUUAGUAUCAGAAAAAAGGAAAGGAAAUAAUGAUAAUAAUAAUAACAAGAACAAGAAAAUAUGAAAAGUGGAAAAACAUGGAAAAGAAGACUGAAAAGAAGAGAAAAAAGAAAUAUAGAUUAGUAUUAGCAGUAAUAGUAACAGUACCAUAGUGGUGUCAUCUUAGCAUAAAUAUAUAAACAGCACUAUAGUGGAUCCAAACUAACUUGGUACUCAGGGUGUGCCUGUCCAUGCUGUUGCCACCUCAAUCCUGAAGGGUGCAGCCUGGGGAAUUCACAUGUCAGUGACACUGAGACGACAGCAAUCCAUGGCCUAUGUGUGUUGCUAAGUGUACCGGAAGAUAUACAGCAAUGUUGUUCUAUCGUCAUAUCAAAAGCCAUUCAAAAAACCAUGCAGUCAUAUAUAAAAACUUAUAAUUUUGGAAUAAUUAAGGUAAAGGAUUACAAAGUUAAAGAGGGAGAUCAUCAUGUGCCUGUUGACUGUGAACAUGACAGCAAUGUGGGGACAGGAACAGCCAACACCCUAAGUAUCAAGUUAGGCUGGAUUCACAAGUCUUGAUAUAAAAAACAAACAAAUAAAUAUAUGAGAGGAAGCCACAAUAUAUAUAUUUACAUUUAAUCAACUUAACUUUUUCCCAAACUUAAAAUUUCAAUUAAAACAAACAAAAAACAUUCAAGAUAUUUUUACAAACCAAACUUAGCUUUCAUUAUUAUUAUUAUUAUUAUUAUUAUUAUUUUGUAAGUAAAAAGGAAUUAUCUUAAAAUUACAAUGUUUAUCUUUAUCUUUUCUUCAACAAUAAGAGAAGGGGAGAAAGAAGAAAAAGACAGAGAGAAAUCAAAGUGAUAAAUAAAUAAAUACAAACCAAACCAA